AUGUCCUGCCAUAACAUUCUGAGCAAGUUUCUCAGAACAACCCCAAACGAAAGACAACGAUGGUGGACAAGUCGGUUUACAUGGGCGCUGGUGGAUAUGGAUCGGACUACGUGGGAUCAAAUGUUUCGGCGUCGGGAUCAGGGCUGCGCGGCAACCGGGAACCAAGGAUCCGGAGGAAACACCAACCCAGGAGGUCAGGUCUUCAAGGCCCGCACUGACCAGUACUGCUACCUUAAGAAGAUCAACUCAAGAAGAGCCAGAUAUUGUGCACAAUAA